CUUGUCACAAUCUCGCAAGAGUGUGAAGAUGGCGGUUGUGUUCGGGCCGUUGGAUGAGCCUUUUUUACACACAGAGGUGAAUAAAGCGGUAGUUUGUCAUACUGUACAGUCUGUAAAGUCAGAACUUUUGUUCUUGUGUCAAAACAACCACUGGGGUAGGCACGAGGCAGUCGGUAAUUACAUGACUAUAGUUCCGGGACAAGGGGGUAGCGCGAGCUAACGUCCAGCUGGGACUUGGUCAAGACGAUUGCCAAAGCAGGUACGCUGUAACUAACGUUACUAAUGUUGUUUUCCUCUUUGUCUCUCCGAGUUAAGAAGGCGCCGGAGGUGACCGAGAAACACAGUAGAUGUGUCAGAGUUUUGGCUCAUCACAUUCAAGAGUGUUUGUUCUCCUAACAAGUUGAAGUGCAGGAGGUUUCUAUGGUUCAACUAUGGAUGCAUCGACGGCCAGCACGGACUCCACUACGGGACACGACCCCGGCAAAACACUUGUUAGUGGCGCUGUAACUCCUCUCCCUCAUCACCAGGGGAAACAAGCCUCAUUCUCAGUGCAGACUUUAAAUGGGAGCCAAACUAUAAACUCUCACAAUUCAGGAAGCGCUGCCCCUCUCGUGGGGGCGACGGUGACAAGUGUCCCAAGUACUUCAAUAUCUGUCACAGCUGUCAACAGUGGACCAGUGAUGUCAAAAGGGCUGACCAGUGCACAAAUGCACCCCUCGUCAAACAGUGUAAUUCAGACUUCUCUUAUGAACUCGCAGAGUGUUGUCGCUUCAGCUCAGUCUGUGAGCCAGGCAACAGGACCCACUGUGACACUUGUCAGGCCGCCUAUGCAAACCGCGGGCUCGGGCACAAGUUUGAAUGGGAACUAUAAUGUGAGCCAUCCUGUGGACAUACACACCCCGCUUGUUAAUAACAGCCAGCCGUCCAACUCGUUGUCUGUCAGCUCAUCACACAUUAUCAAGGCAGAGCCACCCAUAACAAUACAGUCACCACCACCACCACCACCACCGCAGCCAGCGGUCACUCCGGGCGCAGUCAGCGCUCCCCGGAUUCUCUCAACGGUAGCUGCCGGUCCAGGCGGGAUAAGAGCUCCGACGCCUCAGAUGUUAGCCCCAAGACUCCCCCAGAUGUCCUCGGGACAGCCCAGUGUACAUAACAUCCAGCUCCCCCCGGGAAUGGUGCUCGUACGCAGUGAGAGCGGACAGCUGCUGAUGAUUCCUCAGCAGGCUCUGGCCCAGAUGCAAGCCCAGGCUCAGGGAGGCAUGGCACCACGGACUGCUACACCAACAAGUGUGCCUCAUGGCCAGACUCCUGGAAACACCGUCAUUAGCAGGCAUGUGGCUCCCAGCACCAUUAUCCAUCAAGGCUGUCCAGCCCCAUCGCCAUCUGCUACGACCACCACUCUUCAUAGACCUCCUAUCCUUCAGAGCUCAGUUGGGGCUGCAGUACCAGGAAUUACCCCCAGGACUGUCAGCCAAACAGCUGGGACCACAGUAUCCUCAGUAACCGUGAGCAAAGAGACAAUGGAGAAUGUGAAGAAAUGUAAGAACUUCCUGUCUACACUGAUCAAGCUAGCCUCCACUGGGAAGCAAUCUACAGAGACUGCAGCCUGUGUGAGAGAGCUGGUCAAGGACCUGCUGGAGUGCAGACUGGAAGCUGAAGAAUUCACCAGCAGAUUGUACAAAGAGCUUAAUUCUUCACCCCAACCUUACCUUGUGCCUUUCCUCAAGAGAAGCCUCCCAGCCUUGAGGCAGCUCACCCCAGACUCUGCAGCCUUCAUCCAGCAGAGUCAGCUCCCCCAGCCAGCCUCAGGUCCAGUCCCCUCCACCUCACCCAUCCCCACCACGGUGGUCCUGGGCAGCCCAGCACCCCGCCUCACUGCCCCAGUCAGUAGGCCCCAGCUCCCACCUGGCAUUAGCAAACCAGGACAGACCGGCGCACUGGUUAUCCAGCUUCAGCAGCAGAGAGCAAUGUUGAGACCUCAGGUAGCCUUACCGACAACCCCCAUGGUGACUCUCAGAAAUCAGGCUCCUGGUCGCAUCAUGCUGGGGCAGCAACAGCUCCAGCUAAAAGAGCUGCAGCCACUUCCUGUGAGGCCGGAGGUGCCACAUGUUUCUAAACAAGUGUCUGCUGCAUCCCUGACCCAGGCUCAAAAGAACAAGCUGAAAGAGGCUGGUGGCACUUUCAAAGAUGAUGACGACAUCAACGACGUGGCCUCAAUGGCUGGAGUGAACUUAUCAGAGGAAAGCGCUAAUAUCCUAGCAACUAAUUCUGGAAUAGUGGGAGCAGUGACUCAUUCCUGUAAGGACGAGGCUUUCCUCUCCUAUGCCAUUCUACAGAGGAGAAUGCAGGAGAUAGGUGAGACACUUACAACUUUGUUGAAAAUGCAGCAUCUCUCCAUCCAUCUCCUAAAGCCCCAAGAUGCCUGUGUUUCUUCUCCAGGUAGUAGGUAUGGUGUGACAGACCUGGGUGCAGAAGUGGUGAACCUGGUCUCCCACGCUACUCAGCAGCGGCUUCAGAACCUGCUGGAGAAAGUUUCUGAAGUGGCUCAGCAGAAAAAUGGAAAUUUCAAGGAGGAUGACAAAUACGAGCAGAGCAGUGAUGUUCGUGCUCAGCUCAAGUUCUUUGAGCAGCUGGACCAGCUAGAAAAACAACGGAAGGAGGAACAGGAGAGAGAGAUCCUCCUAAAGGCAGCUAAGUCUCGAGCUCGGCAAGAGGACCCAGAGCAGCUGCGUCUGAAACAGAAGGCAAAAGAGAUGCAGCAGCAGGAGCUGGCUCAGAUGAGACAGAGGGAGGCCAACCUGACUGCUUUGGCAGCCAUUGGUCCCAGGAAGAAGAGGAAGAUUCUGGACUCUCCGUCUUCCUCUGCUGCAGCUGAGGGAUCAGGAACAGGUCCCUCUCUGUCUGGUGGGGCUUCUGGGUCUGGCUCCAGACCCACACGGCAGCGCAUCACACGUGUCAAUCUCAGGGACCUGCUCUUCUGUUUGGAGAACGAGAGAUUUACCAGUCACUCCCAUUUCCUCUACAAAGGCUUCCUCAAAUAGGCUUGAUGUCGGAGGGGAGAGGAGGGAAAUGUGUGUGGAGAGACCAACCACUCCCACCACAGAGAAAGCAUAAGAGACUUUUAUAAAUUAAGAGGAGAGCAGCGUUUGCGCACAUUUCAAGGGUUUUCAGAGAUACCAGAAAACCUGAAGUACAGUAGUAGCCACAUUGGAUGGCCUCUCUACCUCUCUCCUCAAAUAAUGCCUACUCUGCUUCCGAGCAUUACUGGACUAAUGCUACUAUUUACCCCGUACAAUGUUUCAGUAAAGUGCAAAAAUGGAUUAUAUGUGUCACAUAGUACAGUCUAUUUUCAGAUUAUUUGUAUGUGCAUUAGACUUUAAUGCAUUGAAAUCAUAACAAUUGUUUUAUUAGACCACAGACUAAUUUUACUGAUUUAUCUGAAUGAGUUUAAACUCCAAACUGUAACCUGCUGAGUUGCCUUCCUAACUAUGAAUAAGCCAUAUAGCCAUCCCGAAGCAAUUAACCCUGUUGUAACUCAUGAAGCAGUAGUGCGCUCUUUAUGUUUUAGCAUAUUUAUUUACUAAACUUAAGCUUGAAUGAAUGUUUAGUUAUUUAUUUGAUUUCAUGUGACACCUCAGUUGUUUCAUGUAGCUUACAUUCAAAACACAAUGCAUUAACUGCAUUGGAUAUGUUUUAAAAUCAGUUUAGACAUUUUGUUGGGUUAGUAGAUUUCAGUGCGUGAAGAGAGAUUUGUUUUUGUUUUUAAAUCUUUUAAACUGUUCUUUUUAAAAUGACUUUGACAUGUUUUGGUUUCUAAAACUUGAAUAGGUUUCAGAAGGCUUUUAACCCGUAUUGCCAUACCAAACAUACAGCUACCUGAAAGUGAUUUCUAUUUUUCUAGCUGCCCACCGACACACAUUUUUACUUUCUUACAAUAGUGACUGACCGUGUCCUCCGGCUCAAGUGGAGUUUUUUCCUGUAUAUUUGUAAAUGUUACACCUAGUUUUACACAUGGUUUUGUAUAGAAUUUACCCAACAGCAUAAAGAAAAACACAUUUUCUCUAUUGAAAAGUUUGAAUAAAUAAUGGUUUUACAGUAA